UAAACGAAGGAUUUUAAAAUAUGUUAUCAAGCAUACCUUAUCGACAAGGCUCUGUCAAGUUCCCGGAUGAUGGAUUUGUUUGUAGUUCAAGUUCAACAUGAAUUGCUGUAUCUAAAUACUUAUGUUGUUAUAAAUUCUACUAUAGAAUAUAAUAGUUAUCCUGAAAAUUAUUUUCACUCUUCUCUUUCUCAUAUCAAAGGAUCCAUUAUAUGGCGCAUGUUAAUAGAAGCAAUGCCACCUUAUACAUUUAGAAAGGCAUUCGACGAAUAUAUGAACAAUAAACUUAGUAAGCCUGAAGCAACAACUGCCGAUCAUUUAUGGAACGCUAUGAGAUCUAAGCUAAAUGACUAUCCUAAGUCGUAUCCUAAGUAUGAUUUUGAUAUAAAAUAUGCGGUAAAUUUGUGGAUUAUGCAGAAAUAUCCUUCCGUGUUGGAGGUGACGCGAAAUUAUUCUAGUUAUCUUGUAACUAUAUCGGUACAAUUUUACAACAAAUUAGAGAAACAAUAUUAUAUACCUAUUACUUAUGCUACGGAGUCGGAUCUCAAUUUUACCAUAACUUGGACAGAUAUGUGGUUAACACCAUGGCAUUCAGAAAUUGGAUUUUUCUUUUUUAGGAAUAAUGAAUGGAUUAUUAUCAAUGUACAACAAGCUGGAUACUAUCGUGUCAAUUAUGAUAUUACGAACUGGCGAAAAAUUGCACAAUACUUAAAUUCUGAAAAAUAUAGUAAUAUACAUGUUCUCAAUCGAGCGCAAAUCAUCAAUGAUGCAUUUCAUUUUGCGAUAGAGAAGAAACUUAAAUUCUCCUUUUUUUGGGAACUCGCUUCUUAUUUGGCACAGGAAACAGAUUAUAUAGCAUGGUAUCCUAUGCUCAAAGCAUUUGAAUUUCUAUCGAACAUCUUUCCAUUCUUAAAUUUUUAUCCUGAAUUUAAGGACGUGUUAAGGUUUGAUUUUAUGAAGAAUUUUAGAUCUAGUUAUUGGAUUCGGUAUCAAAGUAACAGCAGCGACUAUACUAAAUGUUUAUUUCAAGAACUUGCAAAGUGGGAAUGUAUUAUGAAGGAUGAUCCUUGCGAACGGAAGUCUAAUCGUUAUUUGAAAUGGCAUCUAGCAAAUCCUAAAAAAAAAAAACUUUUACCUGGAUGGAAGAGGUGGACAUAUUGUAAUGGUAUGAAAACGGCUAAUCGUGUUACAUGGAAUAAAGUUUAUGAUGAUUACAUAAAAGGAAAUGAUAUAAUAUUAGAAUGUUUGUCUUAUAGUAAAAAUUUGGAAACUGUGUUCUAUUAUUAUUUAAACAAAAUACCAGAUAUUUUAUUUAAAUCUGAAUAUAAUGUAUCUCAUCUUCAAUUUGAAUCGAUAGAGCGAGCUUAUGCCUUAACUGCUAAUAUUUUUCUUUCUGCCAUUGAAAGACAUACUAAAGAUACUUAUUUACUUACACUUUUAUUACGUUAUUACGAAAUAAUAAGACACAGAAAAGUCAGUGAGAUUGUAACAUUAAUUGUUAUAAUUAAUAAUGCGUAUUCUAAAAGACAGUUGGACGAGAUAAAGAAAUUUGUAAAAAAAGAGAUCAAAAGUUCAACCAUUUCAAGUACUGAUGUUGAACAGAAGAUGGAAACACGAUGGUCGGAGAUCGAAAAUCAGACAAAAUAUUUUCGAUUUUUAUUCAAUAAUUGAAUAACUAGA